AUGGAUUUGCUCUGGUACAUAGUGGUUGAAGCAGAGUGGGACUUGGUGUUGAUUGAAAAAGUAAUCAUGGUGGCGUGGGCUCUUUGGUCGAAUAGAAAUGAACGAAGGAAUGGGGAAGUGAUGAAAAAUGCUACAAGAAUAGGGUCUGAUGCUUUGGAGAAUCUGGCUGAAUAUCAGGAAUGUGUGGCCGAGCCGGUGCAGCGAAGGGACGUCCAGCUUGAGUUUUGGAAGCCACCACCGAAAGGAGUGUUCAAGCUCAACGUUGAUGGGGCUGUAUUUGCUGAUCAGAGAGCUGCAAGUGUUGGAGCUUUGAUUCGGGAUGAGGAAGGUAAUGUUAUUGGUGCCCUUAGUAAGAAGAUUUCAGCCCCUCUAAAAGCAGUAGAGAUUGAGGCGAAAGCAGUGGAGUUGGGUUUGCAAUUCGCCAGUGGAGGUGGGUUUGCAAUUCGCUAA